UCCACCGGGACCAGCAGACGAUCGCGCUUUUGAUAUGCGUUUUAGCCGAAUGAUACAUAUGUAUUCAUAUGAAUGUAAAUAUUUGCUUAGGUGGGACUAGAGCGGGACCAGCACUUGCAAGGCUUUUUUUUUGGACCACAAUUUGACCAAUACUUAGGAAGCUUUUACGAAACCACCCACAAAUCGCGCUGCUGCUGUCACUGUCACCACAACUCAUUGGCGGUCCGAAGAUGGCAACUUUAACGAAUGGGCAGGUGGACGGCACGGGACACGUCGUCGGUGUUGCCACUACUAACGGUCUUGUGAACGGAUUAAGCCACAGCCACAGUCCGGCAGGCUGCUCGGCUACCAUCCCUAUGAAGGACCACGAUGCAAUCAAAUUGUUCAUCGGUCAAAUACCGCGCAAUCUGGAUGAAAAGGACCUCCGGCCGCUCUUCGAAGAGUUCGGGAAGAUCUACGAGCUCACAGUCCUCAAGGACCGCUUUACGGGCAUGCAUAAAGGCUGUGCCUUCCUCACCUAUUGUGCCAGAGAGUCGGCCCUGAAAGCUCAGAAACGCCCUUCACGAGCAGAAGACACUGCCAGGGGUGGCUGCAAUGUCAAUAUCACUUACUACCAGUCUGAAUUGAGGAAAGGACUCUCCUUUGUCUACCACCGUGAGCAUGAAGAAAAGAAACUCAACGAGAACUGUCUGAGGGUGUCAGACAAGAUUGUAGCCAAGCAUGGACAAGUCCAAGGCUACAAGUGA